UGCUUGAUAUGUUUCCUCUAGAACAAAAAGGAAGAGACCAUGUCAUCAUAACAUCCAUACCAAACCAGCUAACUCCACUUCUUUAAAAAGAACACGUACGACUUUGGGUUUACACUGAACAUCAUUUCUUUGUAUUUUCCAGAAAUCAGCGAAAUCACGGACUGAAUUACGACGUCAAAGGGAGGCAGAGGAGGUGAAGGAAAGCAUUGAUGCAUUUGAAGCAAGCAUGAGGGCUGUGAUUCCACCAGCUAGUCCAAUAGGGAUUGAAGGGGAAUCUAACCGAGAAGUGGAUGCCGAAAUUGACGCAUUCCUUAGCUCAAAAUCUCCAAAGAAACCGGUGGAUCCAUUGUCUUAUAUUAAACCCAGGUCAAAUGAUGAUUACAUCAAUAAAAUCAGGACAAGACUGGAAGAAGACUCAGUCGCUAGGAAGGAAAGAGAAAAGAGAAGAAGGCGGGUUUUGAUUGAGCAGAUGAAAGCUCAUGAAGCUCAAGAGGAAGCUCACCGUGAAGAGAUGCUUGUUAACAGACUAAUGAGGCAAUCACAGCAAGAGAGAAGGAUCGCUGUUCAACUCAUGCAGAUUCGUCACGAAAAGGAAGUCAUUCGACAAAACAGGAUAUUUAGAGAAAAACAAUAUGCUGAAAGAAGGUUGAAAGACUUUGAUGAUGCACUAACAAGAGAAGCGGAACUAUGUCGUCAAGCUAGAAUAGAAUAUGCAGAGGAAACAAGAAAAGCCCAGGAAUUACAUGAUAAAAUAAAAGCUGAGAUUGCAGAAGCAAAGUACAACAAGCACUACAAUAUCUGUUGGGAGGCAAGUUCCUUUCAUCAAGCUCCUUAUCCGAUAAAAAGGGUAGUUGCUGAAAUAAAGAGGAAUUCCCGGUCUUUUAAACCUCUCGAUUACCGGAAGCAAUUUUUUUUUGCUUCCUUGACAUACAGUUGCUCUAAAUAUGUAUGCGAUGCUGCAGAGUACAUGGUGCUUGAUCUGCAAAGACUUGUACAAGAAAGAAAGAUUUUUCGAACAAACCCAAUAUUUUACAGGCCUCCCCCUCCUCCACCGGAGUUUCCACCGUUUCCAAUCAAGGUGUGUUUUCUUGGGAAGUUCUUCAGUGGUAAAACUUCAGCCAUUAAUAAAAUUCUUGAUGGUCAUCGAAUGGUGCGACUGUCUGUUGAUGAUCUUGUUGCUGAUGCUGUAGAGGCUUUUAAAAACAACGAGUGUAUUGAAGAACCUCCAGAAGAACAAACCAUACAAAAUGAAGACGUCUCUUCCAAGAAGGUGAGCAUCCAAGAUGAGACUGGAAAGAGUAAAGACCAACCCUCAGAGACUUCUGGGGCUGCCACGCCACAAUCAUCCGCGCCUGAAGAGGGGACUGGGGAAGUGAAAGACAGCGAAGAUCCCAACAAAAUAGAAGAAAAACAAGCUAGCGAAGCCGGGGAAAGUGACGAGAAGAGAGAUAAAACCAAAGAAGAACUGGAGAAAGAAAACUCUGAAGUCAAAGAGGAUGAAAAGAAAACACCAACCAAAUCUAAAGAUCUGGAGCCAGUGCCGUCCAAAACUAAAGGACCCAUGCCCACCACUCGUGCGAAGCUGGGAUCAAAAGCUUAUGGUUUCCUCAAGAAAGGAAAAGCAACACCAGACCAACUGUUGGUGGACAUCAUGGUGGAAGCAGUCAGGCAAGUACCAGAAGGUACUGGUUGGAUAAUGGACGGAUUUCCAAGCACCAUCAACCAAGCCAAGAUGUUGGAGAAAGCUCUUAGCGGGUAUGACGCACAGAAAGAAGCUAAGGACGCUAAAGCUGCAAAAGAACCCAGUAAAGUUAGCAAGACAAAGAAAUCCAGACUCGCCCCAGACCCUCAUCCGCCUCCUGAGGCCCCUGCACCCAAGAGCGGUAUUGACCUGGUGUUAUUGUUCGACCUGCCUGAUGAAGUCUCCCUGAAGAGAGCUGAAGGAAGAACUUAUGAUCCCAUGUCUGCUGAACAGUUCCACCAAGAGUACAAUCCUCCAGUGGAGGGCAGUUACACAGGAAUGAACAAACAAGAGAAGAUUGUUGCUGUUACUGAUCCGUCAAAUGACCGCGAGCAGGUCCAACAGAGGAUCGUAGGUUUUGUUGACGCCUGGCCGAAGCUGGAAAAAUGGUUCACCAAGUUCGGGAUUCUUCAGCGGGUUGACGCAAAUACUGGUCAAGAGGAACUGUACGACGAAGUGUCCGCCUUACUGAAUGAAACUUACCAGAAGUUAAUUGCACCACCCGAGGAAACUCCCUCUGAACCUUCCGUACAGCCAGGACAAGCAGCUGAAGGUGAAGCACAAACUGGAGCUCAACCCAUGCAAGGUGACGGGCCCCCAAGCGAGGGCCCGGGAAGUGAAGGUGCUACAGUUCCUCCUGAUAGUGUACCUCUAACGUCCGAUGCCCCGUCUGAGGCAGGAGCCAAAUCCGAAGUCAAAUCGGAGAAGGGUACCACAAAGAGUAAGGGAGACUCUAAACCAGGUUCGCCAAAGUCCAGAAAGAGCAAAAAGGACCGUUCGCCCUCCCCGACCGCCUCUAAGAAGGGAACUAAAAGCCGCAGCCCCACCCCUCCCANCAGAUUUCCUCGAAAUUUUAAUUUUGCUGGAGUUCUUACCUCGCAAUGGGAGAAUAUCGAAGAAGUCUACGUGGGAUCAUGUAAAAAGGUUUUUGGAAUGAUCAGAAACGAGAGGGAACUUAUUCACAGAUAUUUCUACGGAACAAGAAAAGACUUUGUCGAGUUUUUGAAGAGACCAGAUGAGAAGCAAGAGUAUGUUCUGCAAUGGCAGAAGUCAUAUAACGACGUGGCUGAAGACAUGAGGGGAGACGAUGAUACCAAGGCUGAACUUCAUCAACAACUUGAUGAUCUUUGUGACCGUCUGUUCGAUAUCUGUGAUAACCGCAAAGAGCUGGCAGAGAAGGAGCGGCAGUCAGUGAUAAGUGAAGGAUGGCUGGAGGAUCGGCUGGGUCUACUGACAAACUUCUACAUCACACUCAUGCAGGCAGAGGUGGACAGAUAUCAAGAUACCGUGUGCUUGUUGAGAGAUUACUAUGUGGGCAUGGAAGGCAAAAUACCGUGUGAAGCAGUCAGUGACCACGCGCGCUUACCUCUUGUGGAACUUCCGCUGACUGUAAGACCGCAGUCAGCUUCGUCCAAGUCAGGAGGUAGCGAAAGUGCCACAAACUUAGCAGCUGCUGAAAAAACUGAGGUGAAGAGUCCGUCGGGGAGGAAAGAUAAGGAUAAAGGUGCUUCAAAGACGCCUGAACCUACAGAAACACUAGAUGAAGAACAGAAACCUCGCAUUCCGUUAGUUCCCCGCCGUCCAAAGUCUGGUGAACCAGGCACCGGAAAAGGAAAGGACAAGAAAGGUGACAAGAAAAAAGAUAAAUCCGCUGACCCCGAUAAACCUGACACACCAGUGCCGCCUUCAGACCCGGAUGAGAAGCUUGUCUUUGAUGCAUAUAUCAUGGCCCUGACGGUCAUUGAGACAUUGGCCUUGAUAGAUCAGACAGAGCAAGAAGCAGAAGCCCUCAGACAGGCAGAGCUUGAAAAAGAGAAAGAACGAGAGGCGCUACAAAAGAAAGCAAAAGACAAAAAAGACAAGAAAGGAAGAAAGAGUCCAGGAAAGGGAUCACCAUCUAAGACUGAGACUCCUCCACCUCCUCCACCAGAAGACCAGGAGGGACAAUCAGAGGAGGAAAUACUCAAACAGAAGACAAAGGAGAGAGCAAGGAAAGAAUUCCUUGGAGCUGUAGCCUCAGAAGAUACCGGAUUGAAAACCCGAUUGGAAAUGAUCAAGAACCACGCUAUUGCAGUGCUUCAAGAACUUAAGGGCAAGGCCGACUCAACUUACAAAGACAUGGAUGACUGGUUGGGAGAAAGGUUCCUACAGGAAGUCGAAAGCAUUAAGGAAAUGGCUGAGGCGAUACGUUUUGCUGUCGAGAGAGAAGAAAAGGUACAAGAAGAAAGUCUCCUCAAGGACAAAGACUUCGUUGUUGAUCUGGACACAAAGACUUUCAAGACACCCACACCGCCCCCUCCUCCGAGCCCUAUUGAGGUACCUCAGAGUGAUACCUUCACCGUGGCCCAAUUAUUGAAGUUAUACCAACAGCUUGUGGAGACAGCCCCAACAGGCGUCAUCUCUAACCGCGCAUUCUGUGACAUCAUCAUGGAUAUGACAACUCUGACGCACGGAAUGGAGUUGCUUCCAGACUCCUGGAUGAACAUAACACAGCCACAGUUACAGGACGUUUGCGCACUACUUGCUUUAGAAACUGAAUUCAUUGAUUGGCGGAAAUUUCUGCUGGCGGCCGCGCAGCCCUGGCCCCCAGCUUCUAAGAUGGAUCUGUUGAUGACUCUGGAGCGGUGUCGUGAGGUGGACUCGUCAUUCUUCGGGAGGGUGACUCAGGAACAAUUUGACCAGGUAGAUCUGUGGUUUUCUGGGCAACAAGAGCUAGAAAAUCCGCAGGACCAAGAUGUGCCUCCUGUAUUUGACAGACAAGGAAAGCUAAAGAACGCGUUUUAUGAGAUAUUUGCCGAUCAUAACCGUGACGCUGGUUUCUCUUCUCUGGAUUACGUUGACAUGCUAUUGUAUUUUGCUGCCGAUCCAGACCCCUUGGAUGGUGUACUCCGCGCCCUGAGUGUGGCUGCAAAUCAACCAAUGCCUUCCAGCAAAUCUUUAGUUCAUCUGCCUCAACCAAUGACAGACGACUACGGAGGUGACGUCAGUGUUCCACAAAUCCAGGAACCCACGUCACCACCACCUGAAAUGGACUCACUUGUUACAUUGGACAACCUGAUGAAGGUUUUCCACCACGGUGAAGGACGACUAGAAGACACUUACCGCUUGAGUUUGACUGCUAACCCGGAUGACGCAUUUGCUAGGGAGCGUUUAGCGGGAGUGUUUUUGGAGCUUGGUGCAGAGGAAACAGAGGCCGUCCCAUUCCACCUGUUAUACCAACAUCCUAUCAUACAGGACUGCGUGCAUAUGUGUCAGCGGUUCAAGGCACUGGAUCUUCGAAACUCUUUCAAGAGUUCCUCCCUAGAUUCCUUUGAAUAAAUACUGCAAUACUAAUUUAUUCAUUAUUUUAACUUCGUAAACCAUCGAUUUGGAACUACACUUUCGUUGAAAACUUACUUCACAUACAUUUGUAGAUUUAGCCUGUACAGUGAAUGUACAUCGAACACCGUUUGCCUAUUGUGAAUUUCUAGCGCGUGCAAUAAAGAAUUUGAAAAGAA